GUGCACUAGUUUUUUUUUCCGGUGCAAAAACUCGGAAGCCGUCGGGUAUUGUCGGAGGUACUUCGUUCAACUUGUAUUUAUCAUUUCAUCGUAAUUCGUAAGGUGCGAUGAUUUUAUUAUUUUUAUCAAUGAUGAUCUUCCCUGACACUGGUUUUUCAAAUUCAAAUUUUUGAUGUCAAGUAUUUUUCCACAACUAAAGCAUACUAAUGAUGUUCAUAUGAACUUACUCGAUAGUUGAUGUUGAUUGAAAAACCACUGUCACUGUAGAUGCGAAGAUUAUUGACAUAAUCACCGCGAACUGAGAAUGAAAAUAUGAAAACACAGUAAACAAGUUGAAUUAAGUAGAUUAUUACGUAUUUCCGAGCUUUCAACAAUUGUUUUUCAACUCAUAUAAUCCAAAUUUGCGUACUUAUGUGAUAUGAUAUUAUGUUUUGUGGAGUAUGUACAGUUGGUGAACGAUAAGUAUCACCACUGUCGGGCUUAACUUUAUUAAAAAACUACCUUGAAGUGAUGAUAAUUGAACCAUCUAACGAUUAAUAUUAUGGAAAUGUAGUACGUAAUGGAAUGUUAUAUAAUUUCUUUUCAUCUUUAUAAAGCAGAACAGAGUUUGAGUUAUCAGUUAUCACACUAGAAAAAUAGAACAAGUCGAACGAAGUAUUUCCGACUGUACCCGAUGACUUCCGAGUUUUUGCACCGGAAAAAAAAACUAGUGUACUUUAACGUCUAGUCAUUCCAGAUUCCAGAUUUUCAAUUAUUUCAUUUCAAAUCUGUGCUGUGUUUUGUUUGCAAACUUUUGAAUUUUCUGUUUUAAAGUUCAUUUUUUUCAUCAAUUUGGUUAAAAAGAGAAGUGGGAUUGUUUCAUCGUCCCAAGCGUGUAUCUUUUACGUUGUUACAAAGUUUACUUAAAUCCGUAGCGUGUAAUUGUAAAUGUGUAAUUGUGUAUGUGCGUCUAUACGUUUCCAUCAGCUUUUAAUUAUGAAAACUGCAUAAUUAUUUAUCAUCUUAUUUAAUAUCAUUGUUCUUUGGAUGCGCUUCAUGUUUUCGUUUGGUUGAUCAGGUUGAUGAUCUGUAAUUGGAAUCUUUCCGAUGUAUAUUGUGUUCUCGUUCUCAAACGUUUUCGAAAGUUCUACGACUCGUCAAUCUGUAUUUCAAAGAAUACUUACGGGUGAUUCAAUUCUUCCAAAAGUAUUUACCGAAGUGUAAUGAAUUAGUGUUUCCAUUUACAAUGCACUCAUUUGUUGUUCGGCGUAAUGAGUUGGAUAAAAAGAAAUAAUGCAACGAUAAGUACGAUCAAACCGUUGAAUAAUAACAAUGCUCAAAAUAAUAAACCAUACCUCAAAGAUUUUGACUUGAGAGCUUGUUAUGAUAGUUUCAAGAAACACUGGCAGCAGAUCUUCGAAAUCAUUUGUAAAUACGACCUGUCCACUGAAGUUGACCCGAAACAUGACGAUGUGCUCACUGUGGUAAAUCAUCUGAAUCAAAUUUUAAACUUAAUUCAAGUUGAACUGCGUUCAGAUUGCAUUGUAAAUUCCUGUAUUGAAUAUUUGCUCAGUGAAAAUUAUCUAGAAUGCCUUUGCAUUUGGACAGUCAAUGCGCAAAGAUACAACAACAGUUUACGUGUAGAACAAUUGCGUAUCUACGAAGUAUUACUUAGUAACCUUCAUAACAAGAUCUUGAAUCGAGAUGCUUUUUUAAAACCUUUGAUUAAGUUAUUGAAUUCUUUUAAUGGUGAUUGUUUACCGGUCGACAUAGAGAAAAAGCUAGUCAUAUUACUAAAUCAAUUAUGUUCUUUAUUCUCUCAACAAACCGAAUUAUUGAAUUCACUCCUGCCUUCGAACUGCGAUGCCGAACAAAAUGAAUUCAGAUUCGAUAUAUUCUCCUUAUUGGUCCAGUUCGUUCAUAGAGAUGGUAUAAUCGGAGAACAGGCGCGAGAUUCGUUGUUAUUAUGCAUGUCUUUAUCGAAAAACAAUGCCAGAAUAGCGGAUUAUGUUACAUCUCAACCGAAUAUCUGUCCGGUUUUGGCUGCUGGAUUGAAUGGAUUGUAUUCGCUGUUACCUCGUAAAUUGAACGUAGAGUCGCCCGAUUGGUUUCGAUUCGCAGCGGACGAUGUUUACGAAAUGAAAGAGCUGACGAAUUUCAUGAAUUCGUUGGAAUUUUGCAAUGUCGUUAUUCAAGUUUGCCACCCGAGUAUCAAAGCGCAACUAUAUGAUUAUAUUUAUCAAGGAUUUUUGGUUCCUGUCAUGGGUCCUGCAUUAGUUCAAGAGUAUGUGGCAAAUGAUGGUUCUUAUGAUACCCCACUUCAGUUGAGUACCGAAGAAGAAUUGAUUGCUACAACGGCGUACUUCGAGCUAUUAAUCCGUUCAGUCACACAUCCGGGCUUAUUGCACGCAUUUAUAAAAUUUUUGUUAAAAGUCGAAGUUGACGGGCAACGUGUCAUAGAUAGCUUGAUACAGAGGCUGAAUCAUAACUCCAAGCUAAGUGUGGUAACGUUAGCUCUACUGGAAACGUUGAUUGAUCUUAACUGCGAAGAUAUAAUGUUAGAUUUAGUGUUGAAACAUCUAAUACCAUGUACGCAUAUCAUGUUUUCGCAAAGAAGUCGUAUUCAACGAGUCGAUCCGUAUUGUAGAUCUGCUGAAAAAUUUUUCUCCUUGAUGCUCAAUAUUCCUAGAUGUAACGAUAAUUUAGAUAGCAGUGUUAGCGAUUAUCAUAUUUACUUAAGGCAUGCUAGAAGUAAAAUUCUGUCGUGCUCCAAAGCCACCGUCAACUGGACGUAUCCGUACGAUGGUGAAAAUCCGCCACAAAUAGGUUUUGUGAAACACGAAGAUUAUGUGAAACCGAACUGCGACAGCGAACUUGAACCUAACAGUCUUCCUUCUGCAGAUGAUGGUUCUAGCGGAUACGAAAGUUUUAAAGCAUUUAGAGAUAAUGACAGGAUAUUGAUCGACGAAAGCGUUUUGGAUGAUAGACGUACCAAUCCACCUUCUCCAUGCGGGAGUGAAACAACUUUAGAAUAUUGUUCUGAUUUUUCGAAACAAAUAUUUAAUAAGCCGCAGCUUAGCCAAUCUCCGAAAAAGCAAUCAUCUAACGAUGUAUUCAGUACUACUCCUUGUAUAGGUCCAUUACUUAGUAUAAUUUUUCAAAAAAUAGAAGAUUUAUUAAAUUGUGAUUUUUAUAUAAUUUUGAGAUUAACGGGUAUAAUAUCUCGUCUUGCCAUUUAUACUCAACCGUUACUUUACUCGUUUUUAUUAGAUGAUACUUUAGUCUUUCAACCUUGUAUAAAGUCUCUAUUUCAAGUACUCGGGCUACUGAAACAAAAAAUUGAAAGCCGUUUGAGUAAAUUAAACGACCUGUCUUCGUUGGUCACCGAAGCUGAAAUAUUCCUCAACGAAAGAAUAGAAAAUUUGAAUAAUUCGAAAAAACGACCUAAUUCAGAAUCAGUAGCCAGUCUGCCAAAUACAUCACCAAACGAGCCUUUUUCAAGAGGCGAUGGCAAACGUAAAAGCUUUUCGGUAGCUAUAGGCGCCAUGUUUCGCCGUAAUUCAAAUCUAGAACAUGUCGAAGCUGUCGGUAACGGAUGCUACAGGUAUAUCAAGGGGAAUAAUGCUGAAAUGAAGCAUACAAUCUUGUGUUCAAUCAUCGUUAAUGAAUGGUUAAAAGAAUUGGCUGCUAUAUCGCAAGAACAUACGCGCUUCAAAACGUAUUGUGAAUUAUACAUUGAACCCAGUUAAUAAUGAAUUCAGUACAAUUUUGAACACGAAGCUACGAAUAAACUUUCUCCCAUUUUAUAUACGUAUAUAAUAGACCUACCAUAGAAUACGUACAAUAGUAAUGAAUAAUGUUUUAACGUACCUCUACGAUUCAUGUGACUCGAGCACUUUUCGACUUUCGUAUCCAUUUUAUGUAGAAUAUAAUUUUUUUUAUUUUUUUGAAGGGAAAAAAUGUACAAUUUUUACUCGUCAGUUUCAAAGAUAUCAACAGUUAUUAUGUAGGUAAGCUAGGUAUGUAGUAAAUUUUACUGAUUUUCGUAUUACUAAUGUUCGUUGUUUAGAAGUAAUUUUCUGUUUCUAGUUUAAUAGAAUAAGGAACUCUGCUUCAGUAUACAAAUUUACCAUUGUUUUGCUUGUAAUAGCUCUUUUCUUUUUAAUUGUAGGAAUAAGAUGAAUGUUUAUUUUUAAUGCAAGUACCAGUUAAUUAUUUUUUGUAGCGUACUUGAAUUGAUGGAAAUGUUUGAAGCUUAUUGGAAUCAAGUUUUUCUGUGGGAAAAGUGAAUUAAUGUUAUUGUUGAGUCGCUACGUAGGUGAAAAAGACAACUAGAUCCAAUUAUUUUAUUUGUUUUUAUUUCUAGGCAGGUUUUUGCUAAAUUUACUUCAAAAUUUCAAAAGAGAAAAGGAAAUUUGAGCCUAAAUUUAAAGAUCGAUUCAAGUACCCUACGACAAAAAUUUCGUUGCAAUAUUUUAUUGUAAAUUAAGUUUUAAUGUAUUUAUUAGGCUUAUCUAUUUUUAGCGUGAAUAAGGUAGUUUCGAAAGGCCUAAUAUUUAUUUUAAAAGUGUUACACAAAUUUGUUUAACAACCAUUUUAUGCAUUAAUUUUUUAUAUUAUUUCAUUGACAUUUUGUUAAGUUAUUGUUGUCUAAUGUGUAUGUUAGUUAAUUUGUUGAAUUUUUUUUUUUGUUUUGUUGUUUACUAUUUUAUCAAGUUAACAAAAUGACGAAUUGGGAAGUAUCAAAAUACUUAUUAUUUUUUACUCUCGAUAGGUAGUGCUAAGGUUGUUUUUAUCUUAAAAAAUUGGCAGUUAAUUUUGGAUGAAUUGUAGUUAUUAGUAAGCAUUAGCAUGAAAAAAAAACAACGAGAGAAAUCUCUUAGUGAAGCAUAUAAAUUCAUAUCUCUGCGGAUUUUCUUUUGUUAUAAGUAUUUUUCUUGAAUUGCAUAUUAUAUUCAAAAAUUUAAUCAUCUUUUCGUUCAAAUUUUGAGCUAAAUUAUUCGCGCAACGAGUUUUAUGAAUCAAAAAAUUGUAAUUUGUCACUCUCCAAGUCCGUCCAAAUAGUUGUCUUUUUGAUAAAUUUUUCGAUGUUGUUUUCAAGUUACCAUGUUCAAUUUUUUUUUCAUUUUUUAAAACGUAUUUUUUAAGCGCUUAAUUCAAGUUUAGUCGUAAGGUCUAUUUUACAUUAUGUAGCACGAAGAAGUUGGGAACUCGUCACCUCGCUUUAAUUAAAAAAUAUACUAGCUUUUUUCCGUUUUUCGUAAUUGAAAAAGUGAAGUAUGUCUCUGUUCAAAAACUAUGUAGAUAAUUAUUGUUUUUAGAUUUUUUUCUGUUUUUAAACGGUAAAACGUAUUUUACUGUUUUCAGGACAUUUUCAAUUAAUUAAGAUUCUCUUUACCAAAAUCGAUAGCACAAAGUCGUGGAAUCUGUUCAUCAAUUUAAAAAAAAAAACUAAACUGAAACAUAUUAUUUAUUUAAUUUGGAAGUGAACUGAAUUCAACAUUAGUUUAAGUUGAAAUUUUCAAAUUACUAUGUAUGUAAUUUAAUAAAUUUUAAUGUUAGUAUUUCAAUAUUACAAAAUUACAAAGAGGUGAUUUUAAAGAUAAGUGUGGAAUUAAUGAAAUGAAAUGAAAAAAAGAAAAAUUAUCAGUUCACGUAAAAUGUGCUAAAGUAACAAUUUCGUUUGAUAAAAUUGUUAAUAAAAUUAAAACCUGCGUUCUACUUAAAUGUUUCAAAUACCACUCAACUCGUUAUUAAUUUUUAUAUCGUCCAAAUUCUUGCUCUAUAAGUAAUUAAAAAUUUCAACACUUUAUCGAUGUUUUCUAGUGAUAAAUCUAAGUUUUCUGCCACAAAUGAGAUAAGUUUUAUGAAGAUUUAAUUAUUAUGUAAACGUUGCUCAAAUACAUUGAAGAAAAAUAUUGUCACAAAGCUUUCUACGUAAAUUUGUUUUGCAUUCGUAAGCGGGGAUUAUUUUUUCAAGUAUUUUUAUCGUAGAUAUUAUAAGUAUAUCUAUAAAGUUUUUGUAAUUCGUAAUUGUUUUUAUUAAAUUUUAUUCUGAUUUUUGUGCCGAA